AUGACACUCUAUCUUAUAGCGGACAUAGUUGAUGAAUUUACUACAGAAAAAUGUUCUAAUAAUAUGAAAUAUUUAUUUUUAAUGACAGCAAAUAUUAAAAUUUUAAAAGUUGAUAAUUUCAGUUCUUGUAAUAUAUUUUUAAAUAUUGAUAAAAUUACUCGCCAUAGUAUUUAUCAACAGUAUUUUAAUCAUAUCAAUGAAUUAAAUAUAACUGAAAUAAAUGACAAAAAUUAUCAAAAUUUAUCAAUUUAUAUGAAAUUUUUUCAAAAUAUUAAAAUAUUAAAAUUAUUAUUUUCAAGUAAAUUAAAAUCAACUAUGAUCUAUAUAUGUAUAAUACCUAUUCUACGUACAUCAUAUUUAACAUUAAAUUAUUUAGAAAAAGAAAUCGGUCAGAUGCCAAAAGAAAUAUUAGAACUUCAAGGUUAUGAUACGACAGUUAGUUUACCCCAAAAUAAUGAUGAUGUGUUUGCAAUAUUUAAUAAUGAUAUUAAAGAUUUGGAGGAGAUGAAAGAAUAA